AUGGACCGGGGCGGAGGCGGGGGACAGGUGGCGAACGGAGUGGCCACGUCCAGGGUUUCCUGCGGCCACCGAACCGGUGCCUCGCGCCCUGGCGCACGGACCUCCUCCGUUCGGGGCGGACUUGGGGUUCCAAAACAGCCCCAGCCGGUGGCGGAGUCUCUGCGACAAGGACCAGCUGGCCUGCCCUUGUCCUUGUCACUGACAACGGGCCCCGGAUGUGGGCCUCAGGCGGGGACAGGUGCCCGCACGGAGGCCUCCAGGGCCGCUAUGCACCUGCGCGCGCCAGGCGGCCUGGACUACACAGGUUUUUUUGUUUUUUUAAAUUUUCUAGAAUGUGUCUGUGAAAACUACAAGCUGGCUGUAAACUGCUUUUUGAAUGACAAUGGUCAAUGCCAGUGUACUUCGAUUGGUGCACAAAAUACUGUCCUUUGCUCAAAGCUGGCUGCCAAAUGUUUGGUGAUGAAGGCAGAAAUGAACGGCUCAAAACUUGGGAGAAGAGCGAAACCUGAAGGGGCUCUCCAGAACAAUGAUGGCCUUUACGAUCCUGACUGCGAUGAGAGCGGGCUCUUUAAGGCCAAGCAGUGCAACGGCACCUCCACGUGCUGGUGUGUGAACACUGCUGGGGUCAGAAGAACUGACAAGGACACUGAAAUAACCUGCUCUGAGCGAGUGAGAACCUACUGGAUCAUCAUUGAAUUAAAACACAAAGCAAGAGAAAAACCUUAUGAUGUUCAAAGUUUGCGGACUGCACUUGAGGAGGCGAUCAAAACGCGUUAUCAACUGGAUCCAAAAUUUAUCACAAAUAUUUUGUAUGAGGAUAAUGUUAUCACUAUUGAUCUGGUUCAAAAUUCUUCUCAAAAAACUCAGAAUGAUGUGGACAUAGCUGAUGUGGCUUAUUAUUUUGAAAAAGAUGUUAAAGGUGAAUCCUUGUUUCAUUCUAAGAAAAUGGACCUGAGAGUAAAUGGGGAACAACUGGAUCUGGAUCCUGGUCAAACUUUAAUUUAUUAUGUCGAUGAAAAAGCACCUGAAUUCUCAAUGCAGGGUCUAAAAGCUGGUGUUAUUGCUGUUAUUGUGGUUGUGGUGAUAGCAAUUGUUGCCGGAAUUGUUGUGCUGGUUAUUUCCAGAAAGAAGAGAAUGGCUAAGUAUGAGAAGGCUGAGAUAAAGGAGAUGGGUGAGAUACAUAGGGAACUCAAUGCGUAACUACUAUAAUUUGAAGAUUAUAAAAGAAGGGAAAUAUCAAAUGGACGCAAAUUACAAAUGUGUGCGCAUGGGAUGAAGACAUCUUUGAAGGUCAUGAGUUUGUUAGUUUAACAUGAUAUAUUUGUAAUAGUGAAACCUGUACUCAAAAUAUAAGCAGCUUGAAAUUGGCUUUACCAAUCUUGAAAUUUGACCACAAGUGUCUUAUAUAUGCAGAUCUAAUGUAAAAUCCAGAACUUGGACUGCAUAGUUAAAAUGUUUUAUGUGUAGUGUUCAAAUGUGUGCAUUAAAUAUGCUUCCACAGUAGAGUUUGAAAAACUAUCUGAUUUGUGAUGGAAAGCUGCCUUUCUAUUUACUUGAGUCUUGUACAUACAUACUUUUUUAUGAGCUAUGAAAUAAAACAUUUUAAACUGAA